AUGGGGAUUCAAUUGCAAACUGUCGUUGCGAGACGCCUUGGCUGUCACCUUGUGUUGCUAUACUCCGUAGCUAGAACUCAAGUAAGCAACAUAAAGAAGGCCUGUGGGAGGAUUUCGGCUGAGUGCUGUUUUCUACCGCCAUGCGAUAAAAGAGAUGUAGACAACGCGCGACUUUGCCGUUGCCGUGACGAAUGUGACUGUGGGUCAUGA